AUGAGUGGGGGCAAGAAGAAAAGUAGUUUCCAGAUCACCAGCGUCACCACGGACUACGAGGGCCCCGGGAGCCCUGGAGGACCAGAGUCCCCCGCCCCGCAGGCCCCUACCGGGCCCCCACCACGCUUGCCCAACGGGGAGCCCAACCCAGAGCCAGGGGGCAAGAGCACCCCCCGGAAUGGCUCCCCACCGCCUGGGGCCCCAGCCUCCCGCUUCCGGGUGGUGAAGCUGCCACAGGGCCUGGGAGAGCCUUAUCGCCGUGGCCGCUGGACGUGUGUGGAUGUUUACGAGAGAGACCUGGAGCCCCCCAGCUUUGGCCGGCUCCUGGAGGGGAUUCGAGGGGCCUCAGGGGGCGCCGGAGGCAGAUCUCUGGAUUCCAGGUUGGAGCUGGCCAGCUUGGGCCUGGGAGCUCCCAUCCCACAGCCAGGCCUGUCUCAGGGUCCAACCUCCUGGCUUCUCCCUCCUCCCACCUCCCCUGGACCUCAGGCCCGCUCCUUCACUGGGGGGCUGGGCCAGCUGGCAGUGCCCGGCAAGGCCAGGGUGGAAACACCCCCUCUGUCAGCUUCCCCACCCCAGCAGCGCCCCCCAGAGCCUGGGGCUGGAGAUAGCGUGGGCACGUCCCGGGCUGCCACGCCCCUGUCCUCCCUGCGGGUGGACGUGGAGACCAGGGGCUCCGCAGCUGGAACUCCUCCACUGUCCCGCACUAAGGAUGGAGCCCUGCGCCUGAGGAUGGAGUUGGUUGCUCCAGAGGAGAUGGGGCAGGUACCCCCGCUCGACUCUCGCCCCAGCUCCCCGGCCCUCUACUUCUUCCCCGACGCCAGUCUGGUUCACAAGUCUCCAGACCCCUUUGGAGCAGCGGCAGCCCAGAGCCUCAGCCUGGCCCGAUCCAUGCUGGCCAUCAGCGGCCACCUGGACAGCGAUGACGAUAGCGGCUCCGGAAGCCUGGUUGGCAUUGACAACAAGAUCGAACAAGCCAUGGACCUGGUGAAGUCCCACCUCAUGUUUGCGGUCCGGGAGGAGGUGGAGGUGCUGAAGGAGCAGAUCCGGGACCUGGCUGAGCGGAAUGCUGCACUGGAGCAAGAGAAUGGACUGCUGCGCGCCCUGGCCAGCCCCGAGCAGCUGGCCCAGCUGCCGUCCUCAGGGGUCCCUCGGCUUGGGCCCCCUGCGCCCAAUGGGCCCUCCAUCUGA